ACCCUCUCGUUCUCCCCUGCGCUCUCCUCUUCACUCAGGCGGACUCCUCCCCGGCUCACCGCCGAUCUGACGACGAACAAGACGAGGUUCCCCGGAACAGUGCACAAGUCAGAUGAUGGACGGGAGGAGUUUGAGACUUGGUUGUUUCGUGGUUCUGUGUCUUGUGCCUUUCCUGCGCCAUGCCUUGGCUAUUCGCUUUGUGAUGGAUAGGGAAGAGUGCUUCUCCCACAAUGUUGAUUAUGAAGGGGACACUGUUCAUGUUUCAUUCGUUGUGAUCAAGUCGGAAACACCCUGGCAUUAUUCCGCGGAAGGUGUCGAUCUUGUGGUUAAGGACCCUAAUGGCAAUCAACUCCAUGAUUCUCGUGACAAGACUAGUGAUAAGUUCGAAUUCAUAGUCCAGAAGAGAGGCGUCCACCGUUUCUGCUUCACUAAUAAGUCCCCUUACCAUGAAACUGUGGACUUUGAUGUGCAUGUUGGUCAUUUUUCAUAUUUCGACCAGCAUGCCAAAGAUGAGCAUUUUAGUCCUUUGUUUGAACAAAUUGCUAAGCUGGAUGAAGCUCUCUACAACAUUCAGUUUGAACAGCACUGGCUGGAGGCCCAAACAGACCGCCAAGCAAUAUUAAACGAGAACAUGAGCAAGAGGGCAGUUCACAAGGCACUCCUUGAAUCAGCUGCCCUUAUUGGAGCCAGUGUUGCACAGGUCUACUUGCUGCGUCGCCUAUUUGAGCGCAAGCUGGGUGCAUCCAGGGUCUAACUUCUGCUUGUAGGCUUGUAGCCAUCCUUAUACCCACCAACCCAGCUGGAUUUCAUCACUACAUUGUAUGGUUAACAAGAUUUGCUAAAUCUGUUCCCAUAUCCUUGCGUUUUUCUUCAAGAAUUUUGUAAUCCAGUACGGUGCAGCAUUGACGUGCCUUGUAUGAUAUUAAUUGUCAUCCCGAGUUUCCUAUGAUGAGAGAUCAUGUAGUUUGAGUUA